AUGGCAUCACCUUCGCUGCCUUUCAUGCUCUUCAAGGCGGCGCUUGUGUCGCUGUUGGCUGCAUCUUCGGCGCCCCAGGAGUGCAAUGUGCACCCGGAGGAAGUCCUAAGCCCGGAGAGACCUCCUGGAGCCGCCGUGGGCACCGGGCUCCUUCAGACGAAGCCUGCAGCCAGGGCGCUGGAGAAGAUGGGUUUCGAGGAAUCCAUGCUGAAGGCCAUGGGGAAGCUUGAGGAGGAGCUCAAAGAUCUUAAGACCCAGGCGGAGCUCAAGAACGAAGACGCCGGACUCAAGGAGGAGCUGGCAGAGCUCAAGAACCAAGACGCCGGACUCAAGGAGGAGCUAGCGGAGCUCAAGAACGAAGACGCCGGACUCAAGGAGGAGCUCGGCCGUUUGGAAAAGUCCGAGAGUGCAGGAGUGCCCCCAAUGCUCGGCGGCCGUGUGCAUCUUCCUGGGAUCUUCGCCCAGCACCAAAACGCCAGCGAACGCAGAAGCAGCUGCAAGAAGGCAGUGGGCCCUCCUCUCGCCAGCCUCGUUGGGGGGAACAUCUCUGACGCUUCGAAACUGAAGACGAAGAAGGUGCAGGUCCACAGUUCCAACGGCGGCUGCCCGAGCGGAGAGGUGAAGCUCUUUGACUUUCACCCGACCGGAGCAACACAGAGCUGCUGCAAGGAGGAGGCGUGUGCUGGUUGCGCAUUUUUCUCGGGAAGUUCCUGCCAACGUUGCGCCGGUGGCUUCAUCGAGCGUGAAGGCCACUGCACUGCGUGCACCAGUUCCGGUGGUUGGCUCAGCGUGGAUGGGAAAUCGUGCAUGCAGCUGGCGGCAAGCGAUUGCAGCGAUGAAAAAGUACGAGGCCAAUCGAGCAACGAGGCUUGCUGCCAGUGCGGUGGUGGGGUCAUUACGCCGACGCCCUUCUCCUAUCCCAACAGCCGUUGGUCCCUGGAUUCCAACAUUGUUCUGAAGCCGGAGCCGCGCACGGCCCUUCGCUACACCGUGGACUCCAAGUGUGAGCUUGCGGCACAUAACCUGACCAUUGACAGCUCCACAGGAGAGAUCAGCUACAUGUCCGGGCGGACCAAGCCCGUGGAGGCCUUCUCCUUCGAGUGUGAGGUCACGGCGCACCAGGCCACAGGUGUGAGCUUGACUUCCGUUGUCACGGUGGCCGCCGACGUGUUGAGCUACAGCUCUGCCACUCUGCUUUUCCACGGCGACAGUCAAGAGGAGUUGCCGCUGACAACCGGAAGCGGAUGGUCCAAGUUUGAGCUGGGCUGCGCACCGGAGGUCAGUUGGCUGAGCAUCGUUGCCUCCACCGGCAAGUUGCGCUACACGGCGCCAAGUGGCGCGAACGGGGGUGUUUCCGUCGCCGACGACAAGUUCUUUGGGCAGGACGGUGCCGUUUGCAUCGUGACGGCUUGGCAGACCCACAAGAAGCACCAAACCACAUUCGUGGCCAUUCGGCCGCGACCCUGGCCAAAGCUGGAGUAUGACUUGGAUGCCGUGGCCGUGAGUGUCGGUGAGGACCUGCACCCACUUAACCCGAAGCCGCACAAAGAGCAGGGCCUCAUGAAGCCAUGGACGUUCAGCAUGGCCUGCGACGUCAGUGGUGCGGCAAGCUCUACGAAGUUCACCUGUGACCGGAUCUUGAACAUGGGACUUCUGGACGGCCACCCGAUCCUCGACAUCAGCCCGGACGGAGCCAUCACGGUGGCGCCAGCGAGCACCCUCAGUGAGCUGUUCGAUGCACUCAGCGUUUCGGGAUCGCAGCGGAAGGCCUUCACUUUGGGAUGCCGGGUCUUCGGCCUCUUUCCCGAUCCGGAUCUGCCUCCGGUGGAGACGACGCUGAGCAUCGUAGUGCAGGAUACCGUGUGCUGGGUUCCACAGAACAUCCAGGGCACUGGCCUGCCUGAUCCCAGCGCCAGUACCGAGGCCAAGUGCAGAUCCCAGUGCCGCGCAGACGAAACCUGUGCGAACUACAAGUUUGACAGCCAGUGUAAGAGGUACGAUGUUCGCUCGGACGGGAGCCCGGUCACGGUCAUCGCCAAGGUCACGAACUGCACCAACGAGGGUACCUGUAUGAAAGUGACACAUUCCGAAUGGUACCUCGCCGGUACAUAUUGUCCUCUGGGCAGAGAUGCAGUAUUGGGUGGCAUUGUGUACCUUCGCGAGCACGUGACGCAGCAGGACAUGGUGUAUCUGCGUGAGGGAUCCAGCGGCGGCUGCGGUGCCAACGAGUGGGCGUUGAUGGCACCUUCAAGUGCAGACUUCAUCGACAAGGCUCUCGGCCUUUUCGAGCUCCGUGGCACCCGGCACGCCUGCAUCAGCAGCUCCACUGUGGAGCACGCCCUUUUGUGGUGUCCCACGAAGGCGCUGGCUUGGAUCGAAGAGCAGGAAGAGGAUGAGGAGGGCCAAACGGCCCUGGUCCUGGAUGACCCCGGGACCGCUCAGCCGGCCGACUUUUGGCUACAUCCCUGCGACUGUGCCCCAGAUGCCUGGGGACCGGAUCUGCCUGUGGAUCCUCAAAUGUACGAGCAUCUCCCGGCCAACAGCAGCAACAAGUUCAUCCCGACUCCUUACGUCAUCGUCAAAGGGCAGCUCGUUUGCCCCUCACGUCAACUGCUGGGAGGCGGCAUGGGUGUGCACUUCCAGUCAGAGGAGGAGGUCCUUGAGCCGGCGGACUGCGAGGCCCGAUGCCGGGAGCAGUCGACCUGCCUCUUCUUCUGGCACGGCUCGCAGCACGGCGCAUCGACCUGCCGCUUGUUCAGCGGCUGCGACAACCUUGUCCGCGAGUUCAGCUUGGAAGGAGACCUGAAGGCAAUGCCGCGCAGCCCCAGUUGCACCGUUGCCGACGCAGUGAAAUGUUGGGCCACCUCCCUUCGCAGGAGUUUCUUGUCCAUGGCCUUCAGCCCAAGUGGCGGUCCAAGUGGAAACUCCGCGUCGGCUGGCGUCGCCCUGAAUCUGCCUCCGAAGCCGGCAGCCCCGCCCGCCGAUGGUAUGUUCGCGUGGUUUGAGAGUGAGAACGCAGGAAACGUGUGGCGCAGCUCCGUUGGAGACUUUGAGGGCCAUUGCAAUCUGAACGCCGUCUACCGGCAAGUGGAAGCUGGGAAUGGAGCUGAUCGUCCUGUUACUUUCAUCGAAGGCUACACGUGGUCAGGUUACACCUUCGGAAACGUGAUUCCCCCGACCCACACCGUCUGCUCCGUCACGCGUUACGGCAGGGCUCGAGAUGGGUCGUUCAAAACGGGGCGCAUCUUGCAGUCCAGAACUGAAAACAACUGGCUUCAUGGCCACUGGUCAAACCGAGCAGGUGUUGCAUACUAUAAUGGUUGGCUCACAUCCCACGAAAGGAAUAUCGAUGUUAGAGAUUGGGUUGUGCUUUGCGGCACCAACGGUGCACAACGAGCAUUCGACGGCUUUUCGUACGGCACCCCAGCGAACAUUGCGUCCCAAUCCACAACACCGGUGAAGUUCACAGAGACCAUACCUCUGUACAUCAAUCAUGGCUUUGAUGAAAAGUCUGACUUUGCAGUCAUGGAGGUGAUUACCUGGGACAGGGUGUUGUCAGAGCAGGAGAUGGUGGCCACCGUCGACUACUUGAAGUGGAAGCUUAGAGCAGGUGCCGUGCUCGAGACUUCAGAGCACAUUGCGCAGGAGACCGAAAAGAACUUCGACUCUUGGGGCGUUCAAAUGUUGGACGAUGUGAGUCACCAAACCUUCGAAGUCGACUUGCCCAACGGCUACAAAGCAGACCUGACAGGCUGGACACAUACCCGAGACUACGCUCGGGGAUUUCUCACAAACAAAGACGGGGUGUCCACAGCAGUCGUGAAGGGAUUGGUGCCAGCAGCACAGUACCUCUACCAGAUCUACAUGGUGCAUGAGAAGGCCGAUUGGUCUGGUCAGGCCAAGGUGUCCGUGAACCAUGGCGUGCAGGGCAGAUGCAACGCGCACCACGACAACGAAGCCGCAUUCUCUGGGGUGGCAGUGGCUUCGCCCAGAGGUGAGAUCAACUUCGAGUUCGAGCGAAUCUCCUGGCAUGUCCACCUCUCCGGAAUCGCCAUUGCGAAAGUGGGGCAGCCUCCGGUUCCGGCCAAGCCAGCGGAUCCACCAUCGCAGGGCAUGUAUGCUUGGUUCAAGAGUGAGAACGCUGGAUCCGUGUGGCGCAGCUCUGUUGGAGGCUUUGAGGGCCAUUGCAACAUGGGCAGCGUCUUCCGGCGAGUUGCAGCUGGGAAUGGUGCCGAUCGCCCCGUUACCUUCAUCGAAGGCUACAUAUGGUCAGGCUACGACUUCGGAAACGUGAUUCCCCCGACCCACACCGUCUGCUCCAUCACUCGAUACAACGGUCCGCACAAGGGACGUAUCUUGCAGUCCAGAACUCAAAACAACUGGCUACAUGGCCACUGGAGCCGCCAAGCCGGUGUUGCGUACUAUAAUGGUUGGCUUACAUCUUAUUCGAGACCUUUAGAUGUUCUAGAUUGGGUUGUGCUUUGCGGCACCAACGGUGCACAACGAGCAUUCGACGGUUUUUCGUCCGGCACCCCGGCCAACAUUGCGUCCCAAUCCACAACACCGGUGAAGUUCACGGAGACCAUACCUCUGUACAUCAACCAUGGCUUUGAUGAGAAGUCUGAGUUUCAAGUCAUGGAGGUGAUCACCUGGGACAGGGUGUUGUCAGAGCAGGAGAUGGUGGCCACCGUCGACUACUUGAAGUGGAAGCUUAGAGCAGGUGCCGUGCUCGAGACUUCAGAGCACAUUGCGCAGGAGACCGAAAAGAACUUCGACUCUUGGGGCGUUCAAAUGUUGGACGAUGUGAGUCACCAAACCUUCGAAGUCGACUUGCCCAACGGCUACAAAGCAGACCUGACAGGCUGGACACAUACCCGAGACUACGCUCGGGGAUUUCUCACAAACAAAGACGGGGUGUCCACAGCAGUCGUGAAGGGACUGGUGCCAGCAGUGCAGUACCUCUACCAGAUCUACAUGGUGCAUGAGGUACCCAACUGGCAGGGCGAAGCCAAGGUGUCCGUGAACCAUGGCGUGCAGGGAACAUGCCACGCGAAUGGCAACAACGAAGCCAGGUUCUCCGGGGUGGCAGUGGCUUCGCCCAGAGGUGAGAUCAACUUCGAGUUCGAGCGCGUCUCCUGGCAUCUCGACCUCUCCGGCAUCGCCAUUGCGAAAGUUAGCUCGCCAGCCAGUUUGCUUCAGGAGGCCUCCAUCGCGACGCGGCUUUCGGAAGGAGCCGUUGAACAAGGCUUCAUAGACCUGCACUUGUACCAGCAGUGUGAUUCCAUUCUCCUUCUGGGAGGUAUGGGUGUGGAGCAGUGCGGAAGGCCAAGCCACAGAGAAAUCACCUCACACGACUGGCAGCACAAGAGGCCGUUGCCGCCGUCCUUCAAGCACGGAACUCUUCUGAUGGCCUCCUGCUGGAGCGAAAGGUACCGGCUGCUGCGGGAGAACAGGGUUGCCGACACGGAGCGACUGCAGUGCGUCAACGGCGAUUGGUACAACAGCCUUGGAAAGCCUGGGCUCAAUGGUCUGGUCUGCGAAGGAUGUGUGCAGGUCGGAGCGAGAGGCUAUGCGGCCUACGACGAGCGCAACGAGCAGGAGCUUUACUUCUUCAACCGAAUGGCCCUGAGCAUCUACACUGAGCUUGGCAUGGUCAAGGAUGGGUUUUCCAAGCCUUUUUCG